AUGGUUUCUCGUCUCGUCGUCUGCAAACUUGCACAAAAUUCUGUCCAGUGUGAUCGUCUUUGAAGAUACAGUAAUUAAUGUCUAUCCAUUGCAUCAGAAUGCAUUGCAAAAUGUCGUUGCAGUCCGAAAAUCGGUUUCUAAAAUGCAAUGCAUUAUUUUUUUUGAGAUUCUGAAUACAGGGUGGCCGUGUUCGGGGGCAGGUCCACGGAUUCGGAUCACCAUCAGGGCCGCAAGCCCUCGGAGAAAUAGUAGGCUAUUUGCCCACCUUCAUCCCAUCUGACGAAAUUGGCAUGCUCAUCGAACGGCGAAAUCGAGGGGGUUUGCCUGUAAAGGAUACACUCUGCACUACUGGAACAUCUUGUUCCUAACAUUAAUUACACAUGGUGUUGGUGUCCCAAAAAUAAAACAGGUGGCUCAGACACUUCAGUGCACUUGGACCCUCAUACCAUAGGUUGCUCAGUGGCUGGCCUGGUCCCCAACCUUCUCCCCACUCAGGGACGUCUUUCAUGAUCCACGUCCCACCAUUCUCCUCUUCAAAACUGAAUCCGUACGUGCGCAGCGGCAGGAUGUCGGAGGCCUGGCAGCAGCAUGCUGUAGUGCCUCCCCCAGUGGUGCACACUCUCCCCCACGGGGCAGAGAACCCACUGGGGAGCGCCGUCUACGGGAUCGUCCUGCAGCCUGACCCCACCCUGCCGCCGCCCCCGCACAGCCAGCACACUCAGCCCCACCCCGUGCCCGCCCAGCAGCCCUCGCUACAGGUGGGCAGCGAGGGCAGCCACAAGUGUGGCGCCUGCGGCCAUGACAUCUCCCACCUGGCUAACCCACAUGAGCACCAGUGCAUGGUGAGCCAGGACCGUUCCUUCCAGUGCACCCAGUGCAUGAAGAUCUUCCAGCAGGCCACAGACCUGCUGGAGCACCAGUGCGUGCAGGUGGAGCAGAAGCCCUUCGUGUGUGGCGUCUGCAAGAUGGGCUUCUCCCUGCUCACCUCCUUGGCGCAGCACCACACGGAGCACACCGGGACCAACCCCAUGAAGUGCUCCAUCUGCGAGAAGACCUACCGCCCGGGUUCCUCGGGAAACCCUGGCUCCUCGUCCUCCGCCAACACCGGCGAGGGCUCGUCCACGUCCACGUACGACGGCUCCGCCCCGCACCGCCCGUACAAGUGCUCUGUGUGCCACAAGAGCUUCCGGCAUCUGUCGGAACUGUCGCGUCACGAGCGCGUGCACACGGGCGAGAAGCCGUUCAAGUGCACCAUCUGCGACAAGAGCUUCAGCCAGGCCUCGCACCUGCAGCACCACCAGCGCACGCACAGCUCCGAGCGCCCCUACAAGUGUGCCGUGUGCGAGAAGACCUUCAAGCACCGCUCGCACCUGGUGCGCCACAUGUACUCGCAUUCGGGCGAGCACCUCUUCAAGUGCAACCUGUGCGAGAUGCACUUCAAGGAGUCCUCAGAGCUGCUGCACCACCAGUGCCAGCCAUCCGGCGAGCGCCCCUUCCGCUGCAGCUCCUGCGACAAGGGCUUCAAGCGCCAGUCCGACCUGCGCCAGCACGAGCGCACCCACUCCGAGGAACGGCCCUUCCAGUGCGAGGAGUGCCAGAUGAGCUUCAAGCAGCAGUACGCGCUGGUGCGCCACCGCCGCACGCACAAGAACCCCGCAGACCGACCUUUCAAGUGCAACCUCUGUGACAAGGGCUUCCUCCAGCCCUCCCACCUGCUCUACCAUCAGCACGUGCACGGCAUCGAGAGUCUGUUCAAGUGUGCCGCCUGUCAAAAGGGCUUCAGCCAAUCGGGCGAGCUCCUGAAGCACAAGUGCGGUGCGUCCGCCUCGUCGGCAGAGAAGCCCUACAAGUGUGACGUGUGCGGCAAGGGAUACAAGAAGUCUUCGACGCUCCAGCGCCACCAGAACAACGCGCACUGCACGGAGAAGCCUCUGAAGUGCUCGCUGUGCGACCGCCGCUUCGUGUCCUCCUCCGAGUUCGUGCAGCACCACUGUGACCCGGCGCGCGAGAAGCCGCUCAAGUGCUCCGACUGCGAGAAGCGCUUCAAGUACUCCUCUGAGAUGGCGCGCCACCGGCGGGUCCACACCGGGGAAAAGCCCUUUAAGUGCCCCACCUGCGACAAGGGCUUCAAGCAGCGCGAGCACCUGGCUAAGCACGGCAGCGUCCACUCCAGGGAAGCCCAGUUUAAGUGUGUGUGGUGUGGGGAGCGCUUUGGAGACCUGUGCGCCCUCCAGGAGCACACCGUCCAGCACACUGCAGAGGGUGGUGGUUACCCCGUGGCCCCAUGCAUACAGUAAUGGAUGGUGCAUAUGUGUACACGACUUGCCUCUGAAUAAAUAAUGAACUCAUGAACACAUGUAUGUAGUACCAAGUUGCUUCCAUUGAUAGUUAGCAAUUCAGUGUUACACAGGCCAAUGUAUUCUCACACUGCCUGAUUAUUAUGUAGAUAUGCUAGUCUCAUGCACUUUUUAUCGGGCCUACUUGUUUUCUUCCUUACUCCUGUUUUUUGGUUGUUUCAUCACUAAGGAAAUACCUGAAGCACAAGCUCUAAGAAUCCGUCAGAUUUGUGGGAAAACUCAUUUCUCAUAACGUGUGGUCACUUCUGACGGCCAUAUAGUGUGUAAUAACUAUAAUACACACGUGUGACAUGUGAAGUACUGUUUUUGGCCUAUCGUCCAAAUCCGAAGGCAUUAAAGAGGUACGGUCCGUGAUCUCCAAGUGCCAUGAACCCAGAUUCAAUAGAAAGCACUUACGUAUUUUGUUGUAUUUCUCAUAUAUCAUGAGCUUAUUUUCUACCUGUAAACAAUGACAGUGUCCUUCCAUUGUGAUACCAGUGCUCAUGCUAUCCCCAAAACCAUUGGAUACCUUUGCACGAAUGUACAAAAUACAUCCAGUAUAUUAAAAAAAAAGGUGUCUUCAUCUGCAUUGAUGAAUCCGGUGUACUAGAAGUCUAAAUGAAAAAAAGACUUUUCAUUAUGCAGCUUGUAAAUUGUUCCUGUUGCUUUACUGAAAUGCAUAUGUGUAUUACAUCACAAGUAUUGUAAAACAUGCAACAUAGUACUGGCUCAGCAGUGUGUCCUUUCAACAGUUUUCACUGUUUUGCCUGUUGUACCAUAUACUGGUAUGUAUGACUCCAUAUACCUGUUGACUUUUGAAAAGGGAGUAUUUGUGAAGAAAAAAAUCUCACAAGGACAUACCACGAAGAACAGAAGACAAGCAUCUCUGUUCUGCUGUAGCUGAGUUCUUGUCAAAAAUGUCUGUAAAUAGAUGUGUUCUAACAACUCACAGACAGUGGUAGACUGCAUAGUAUCUGUGUUUAAUCAGCUGUGUGAACUGUGCACAAUUAAUUUCUACUUUUACCCUUUGUUUCUCUCUCUCACCUGAAAAUGUUACAGUACGCAUGACUUUACUACACUCACUUUCUCAGCUCAUUCUGUAUAGUCUCUGCGGCCUCUGGCAUGAUCCUCCUUCCAGGGAGUUGAGUAUCAUCUGUUCAUGAGGUAUCCUGUAGAAAAUGCAUACUUUUUAGUGUGCACCAGUACAGUGUAGGACGAGCAAUCAAUUUUUUUUUACUUUUGUUUUAUCGAAGGAAAACUUGUGACUGUACUUCCGUUUCUAUAGUUCAUGUCUCGACACCAGAAAAAGACUGUGACUGUAUUUUUCAUUGAUACUGACAUUAGGUAUUUGUGUUUCUGUCUAGUAAUGUGUUGACAAAAGAAGGACAUAGUUUUCCCACAAGCCGACUAGACAUUAAAAAAAAUAUGAUUGUGACAUUGAAGGAAGCUUUGAGUUGUAAGGGACUGAGCUAAAGCCAAAGGACUAUGUGACCUGUUGCCACUCAAACACUAUCGUAUCUCUAGCAUGGUCGUACUUGAGUUCAUAACAUUGUGUUACAACUUUUCUAACUUUCUGAAAAACAAUGUGUAGCCAUGUAACGUGACUGAAAUGUAUAAGUGAUCUUCAAUAAUCUGUAUGUAAUCAUCAUCAAGUACCUAGCACUAACAAAUAAACUUUUUUCAUGUA